AUUCUUUUUCUAUACACGUCGUCAACGUUUGUCUGCAACAACAACAGCGAAAACUAAAAUAAAAAUUUAAAAAAAAUUCUUUAGUAUUUGUAGUCGUUGUCGUUGCCGUCGUCACUGUGUGCCUGUCGUCGCUUAAAAGAGAGGAAACAAUAAUAACAACAACGAAAAAAAAAGUUGGAAAAAAGUUUUGUUAGCCACACUAAUGUCAGUACGGGUUCUGUAGGUUUAGUCUUCACUCAGAAUCCAUUUUAUUAAUGUGUCUUUUAACCGUCUUUGCGGUUGCGGUAGAAAACGAAAAGAAAAAAUUUUACUUCUAAAGAAAUUAAACAACAAAACGAAACAAAAAAAAAUUAACAACACACAAUUAAUUAUUAAAAUUAAUAAAGCAAGAAAAAAUCCAGUUGCUGUGAAAUUAUUUUUAUCGGCAUUUAAAACAGCUGCCUGUUCCUCUUAAAAUCAUUGUGUUAAUUUUUUCAAUAAAAUAUCACAAAAAAAAAAUCUCCAUAAAUAUACAAAAAAAGUGUUUAUUUGUUUUUGUGACCAGCCGUUAAAUACAAAAAAUGAAAGCGAAAUUUAUAUUAUAUUUAAAGUGCUGAAUAUAUUUUUUAUUGUUUGAUAAUUUGCCAACAAACCAAUAUUGUGGAAAUAUUAUCCAAACAAAAUCAGACAACAAGAGACAUACAAAGUAUUGAGAUUCAAACCGAAUGCAGUAUUUUAAUUACGCCCUACAAACUUCCUCACGUUUCCUAACCUCAACCACAGCAACAACUACUGCUACAUCCUCAACGAAUACCUCAAACCUGAUAAAAACGUCAACAACCAACAAUUUGGCCUCCCCCUCUAGCCACAAUCAAAAUUCAAUCAGUAAUCCCUGUAUAGAUAAUUUAAACGCCAACAUUGAGAGCCCAUCAACGUCCACAAACACACCACCACCAACAAACAACAGCUCUAGUGAUUUGGAUCCAACACAAAAUCCAUGAAAUUUACUUACAUUUAAUGUUAACUUUGCGCGAAACAAACUGUUAUCAUUCUUUAAUCGCGACAUGGCCGCUACUGAUGGCCAAAUAAUAUUGGCCGCAUCCCGCUUUGGGGACUCGACAUCAUCGCCACCCGUUUAUUUGCGUGACUUUUCGAAACAAAAACUACCGGCUGUAGCCAAAAUUGUCAAGGGUCAACAUCAAAAUCUCGGCGUACCCACACUCUCAGCACCAUCAUUACAGAGUACGGCGCUCUUUUUAAGUUCGGGCAAAAAAUAUCAAAUUCUCGCCCAGCCCAUAAAACUAAAAGAGGGUCGUAAGCCUACAAAUGUUGGUGCUAAGGUUCUAAUACCCGAAACGUAUCCUGGCUAUUUUGAGCUGCUGAGCGAAGAUGGUCGUUCGACGCGUUGCAUCGAAUCGGUGUUGGAGUUGUCGAAACGUCGCAAUUGUCGCGUUUUGGUGCGUGAAACAUUUCGUUGUCCCCAGAUGAGUCGUACCAUACAUGCGGGUGAAAUGCUGACGACCAUGAACGACAAUGGCAAAGUGUUGCAGUGUAAAAAUAUCAAGGAUGAGAUCAUAAAUCUGCCACUCGAUACCAAAGCGAAAUUUUCACCUAUAGCUAAGGAGGAUAGUAUAAGCGGAGUUCAUACUGUGAAGAAUCUAUUAUUGAAAAGAAUGCCAGUUGUUGUGAGAUUAGUUCAUGGUAGCGUACCGAAGGGUCUGAAACAACCUUUCGUACCGGAAAUGCGUCUUUUGGGCUGUGUUGAGAUUGAUCGUAUUUUUGCUUUGCCAUUGCAAAAAGAUAAUGACUUGGUGCCAGUACCCCUAAAUGCUAAAAUCAAAUUGCAACGAGCCAAAAAUAUGGAUCAAUUGGAACAUUUCAUCGAGUACACACGAUUUCUCGAGAAAGCUCAACGUCUGCUAAGCGAUGCACGUGAUCGCUUGCAAAUAGUAGAUAUUAAGCUGUCGGAGAAAGAGAAAAAAGACUCGAAAUUUAGCAGUCGUAAUAAAUUACCCGUGGUUAUGUUGCCAUCAGCAGCCGGUGUAGCGUAUGUGGCCAAUGGUCUGUUGGAGAACGGUUAUAUACUCAAGCGUAGCGCCAGCUGUGAUUCGUAUAGUAAAAGUCAACCGUCUGCGGAAAUAUCGGAAGAUUAUAAAGAUAUUGAUCAUAUAUAUGAUUAUGUGAGGGGUUUGACGCCACUGUCGAAAGCUUUAGCACGUUUUGAGCCCAUCAGUGAAACGCCCACAAUUAAGUCACAAUAUACCGAUAGUAGUGGUAACUAUUGUAGUUUAAUACGGGUUAAUCAGAAUUCAAGCAGCCAUAAUAACAACAGCAAUAACAACAAUAACAAUAAUUCUAGUAGCAAUAAUAACAGUUUAAAUAAUAGUGGCAAUGGUGGUGGCAGCAACAACAACAACAACAAUAACUCAAAUAAUAACAACAACAAUUAUAGUAGUCUGGAAUCGAAUAAACAUACAAACACCAACAGCAGUCACAAUAGCAGUAGUAAUCAGAGUCAUCAACACCACCAUCAUCAUCAUCACCAGCAUCAUUUGCCAGCCGCCGUUGGCCCACAGUUGCAACAUCACAGUCAACAUCAUCAUCAUCAGAAUCAUUCGCAUAAUCAUCCCACUUCGGGUGGAGGAGGAGGCGGUAGUGGUGCUGGCGGUGGAGUAGUCAAUCACUAUCAACACUCACAUGUCCAAGAGGAUAUUAAGCCAGUGCCACCACCAAUUGAAACAAUACCGGGUAAAAAAUUACCAGAGAAACGUCAACGUCCCACACUACCAAAGCUUUAUUUGAAAAAUUCUCAUAGUGCUGGCAGCAGUAGUGGAGGUGGUGGUUUGGGCAGUGGCAACACAACCAACACUAGCAGUUCCAAUGGUAGUCAUCACAAUAAUCAUCACCACAGCCAUCAUCAGCAACAGCAUCCGCACAGCAGCCAUCAUCAUCCAAAUUCUCAUAGUCAUCAAGCGUCGGUGGUAAAUGUAACAUCAUCAUCCGUGGCCGCCGCUGUGGCAGCCCAUCAUCAUACGCAUCAUCACCAUCAUCAUGGUAAUGUAGCAGCGUCUAAUGGCAGAGUUUUGACACCAAGUAAUCAUCAUCAUACGCCCAUUAAUGGCAAUGUGGCACCUUUAAGUGCUGGCAUCCUAAGCAAAGAUUGUGGUUUAGAGCCUCAGUCACCAUUAUUUCAUAUCAGAUAUAAAAGUCUCAGUAGUCUUCAGUUGACACCCGAUAGUAAUUCAAUUUCACCGCCGAUCUCAACAAAUCCCAAAGGACAACCAGUCGUUGUGGCACCACCCGAUCUAGUACUUAAAUGUAAUAACAAUAAUAUUAACAACAAUCAACAUCCAAUACCACUGCCGUUAAGUAAAAGUUCUAGUACCACUGGUGGUCUAAAUGGAAUGCUACACAACGUCACAUCAUCUUCACACAGUCACAAUCAUAAUAAUCCUCGCGAAGGUACACUCGACUCAUCACGCAGUGGUGGUCGUACAUCAGGCGAUUCCAAUAAAUUGCCCGAAAAGAAAACACGACGUCUGUCGCGACCACGUAGUCUUUCGAAUUUAGUCUGGGAUUUAAGGCCAUCCAAAGAGAAAUCCAAAAAGAAAUUAUAUAUUCAUCAUUUUGAUCAUCGUCAGCAGGCGACUUUGUAUUUGUAGUCAAUUCAUAGCUGUGUGUGUGCGAAAGAAGGAACGAAAAUGAAAUAAUUAGAGAACAAAAACUAAAAUGAUAUAAAUGUUUAGUUG